GCUGUUUGGUUUGCCGUGCUGCCAACUUUCUUAGAACAGCUGUUCGGCAGUCGCUGAAGAAAAAUGAGUUUUAACUUUGAAAUCAAAUUAAAACGCGAAAACAAAGUCUAUUAUGAAAAUGACAUGCUGCUGGGCUGCGUGCAGUUCCAGUGCGGCGCCGAGACAAAACACGAAGGAAUCAUUCUGUAUUUGGAGGGAGUCGUUAAUUUACAACUUAGCAGCAAAACAGUGGGUCUAUUUGAUGCCUUCUACAACUCGGUGAAGCCCAUUAAUCUGCUACAGAAUAAUCUCGAGCUAUCUGCCCCGGGAAAGCUGAGCGCCGGUCGCUCCGAGUUCCAUUUCGAGCUGCCCCUGGUGUGCCGCAAGGAACCCCGCAUUCUGUACGAGACAUAUCACGGAGUAUUUAUCAACGUCAACUAUCAGCUGCAGUGCACCGUCAAGCGGAACUUUCUGGGCAAAUCCAUGACGAAGAUCCAACAGUUCUGUGUGCAAUACAAGCCGACGGGCCUCAGCGAAAACUCGCUGCGGGCGGUGCCCUUUAGCCUGAGUCCGGACUCGCUGCAGAAGAAUGCCUCGGCCAAGGAGCGCCUGUCCAUGCCCCGGUUUCUCAUCACGGGUCGUCUGGAUCGCAGUGAAUCGUGCGUAACGAUGCCCAUAACCGGCAGCAUUAUGGUGCAGCAUACGGAGGCCGCCAUCAAAUCGAUAGACAUGCAACUGGUGCGGGUGGAGACGUGUGGCUGUGACGAGGGAUACUCCAAGGACGCCACCGAGAUCCAGACCAUACAAAUCGCCGAUGGCAACGUUCUGCCCAAGCUGGAACUUCCCAUUUAUAUGGUACUUCCGCGGCUGUUCACUUGCCCCACGCUACUCACAAAAAACUUCAAAAUUGAGUUUGAAUUGAAUCUGGUCGUUGUGUUUAAGGAAGACUAUACAGUUAGUGAAAACUUUAAAAUAGUUUUCAAGCGCUCUGCAGGCCCAUUGCCCAGCAAAAUGACUACCGCAGGACGUUGCCCAAUCGAAUACGGCAGCUAAUUAUCUAUAAUCAAUGAAAAGUCUAGCUUACAGGCAGCUUUUAAGAGUAGAGUUGAAAUAUAUUUAUAACAAAACUAUAUAAUAAUGAAAUUUGAAUUGCCCGCCAAAGUCAUCAGCUGUUUCCGUGCCCACAGCUUGCCAGUGGGUCAUUUUUAGUGCUUUGCCAAUUUUUUGACUAGCCGUAUUAUUUUCUCGAAGUUUUAUGUACCGUGAAGCGUUUGAUAAGUGUCGUAAAAUGAAAUUGCUUUUAGUGGAUUGAUGCAGUGGAAAAACAGUGUGUGGCCUUGUGAAUUAUAGAAGUGGUGCGGUCAAAAGGUUCAUUUUUUUUGUUGCUUUUACGAUGAUAUUUCUAUACUUAGGCGCUUGUUGAGUGCUGCCCAUCUGCUGGGAAGUGCUGCCCACUGACAUUUAGAUUCAAUGUCACAGUUCUGUUAAUUCAACAUGCAAAUUGCCUGCGUCGGACCCAGCACCGAUCCCCAUCCAAACGAGAGCACCAGCAGCCAGC